GACAGAGCCAGUAGCACUGUCCACUCAGCUCUAGAACUGUUCAGUCAUUGUGGAUAUGCUUUUUACCCUUUAGGUUGAUUGACAAACAGUUUAUUUUGUCAAACGACUUCUAGAUGGAUAUGUCCAACCAAAGAGACCUGGGACAUGGAGGACAUAAAUGAGGAAGACAUUGAUGAAGAUGAUAUCCUGGCUAGCUUGUCUCCUGAGGAGCUUCAAGAACUCCAGAAAGAGAUGGAUGUUUUAGCUCCAGACGAGAGAGUGCCGCUUGGUCAGAGACAGAAGGACCAGAAGAAAGAAAAGCCAUCCGCAGACUCUGAUGAUGAAGACAUCGAUGAAAAUGACAUCCUGGCAAACUUGUCUCCUGAGGAGCUGAAAGAGCUCCAGAAAGAGAUGGACGUUAUAGCCCCAGAUGAGAGGGUACCUGUGGGUCAGAGGCAGAAAAGCCAGACAGAGAAGGUUCGUUUGACCACAGGGGCCUGGUGGAUUAUCUGUACUGGGAGAAGGAGUCCAAACGCAUGCUGGAGGAGAAGAGGAUCCCCGUCACUCUCCUGCCCAAUAAGAAAACCAUGGAAGAGGAUGCUGAAAAUAAAGAAAAUGCCGAACACAUGGAAAUUGUGUAUGAGGUGCAAGAAGAAGUCAUUGAGGUGGAAGCUACAGAUGGUGUUGAAGGAGAGGAAAUUGUAGUGGAGGAAGAGGAUGAGGAUAAAAAGGACAUAAACUAUGAAAGGGUCAUAGGAAAACAUGAACAUCCAGUGAAUAAACAUUUAAAUGAGUCAUUGGAUGACAACAGCACAAACCCUGUAUACACUACCAGUCCCUUGCAGCCCCCUCCAGAGUUCACCAACAAGAAAGAGACUGAGAGCAGAGAGCAAAAAAAGAGCACAUCACAAAUAUCUGAGAAAGUAGAAAUGAACACCACAGAGACUCCUGAAGUAACAUAGACGACUCC